AUGCAGUUGGAACGGAGCGCGACAUUGAUUCCAUCCAUUAAUGCUGGGGUAUGGGAACAGGGCAUGUCGACGCGGGUAGUGCUGUUCAGAGACUGGGUAUGGAAGGAAGAGCGACCGUGGUCUGUAUGCUUCGCCGGUGUGCAGAAGCUAGACGGCAAGGCUGGGCCGGACAUGAUGCAGAGCGCAGCGGCGUUUAGAGUUGAGGCGACGGGCUUGGUUGGCGUGCAGUACGACACUAGCCAACCAUCGGUGUUCCUUCCAACGGCUCCACGAGCGAAACGCAAGCUGGCAGAGGCUGGCCUCGAGGUGCCCGAUAGCGAGGAAGAUGACGAAGAAUACGGAUGGGCACGAGAAGACGAGUCGGCGCUUCCCGGCCCGCCGCCGCAGUGGCAAGGCAGCGAAGACAUCCUUCUGGGGACCCAGGCGGCCGAAAGCGAGGAUGACCGGGGUAGCAACGGAGACGGCCACGGCGAUGGCGGCGACGGUGAUGACGAAGACGACGAGGCAGAAGAUGUGGGUGAGGCAGCGACUAGCGGCCGAGAUGACCAGGUUUUGGCCGAGCAGUAA